ACAUUUAGUUUCGAAAGAACAAGAUUCAAUGGUUUACUGCCAAACAAGAGUUUGUAAAAUCAUUCACAACUUCAAAGGGUUCUUUAUGAAUGGUUUGUGUAACAGGUUUGCUUCCUUUUUGCAGUGGUUUCAACCAGAAGAGUAUUCAGAAAUGAGCUACUGUAAAAAUAAAUGUAUAGCCGCACAGUAAGCUAGCUAAAUGUUACAGACCUCAUAUCCUGUUCGAUAACUUUAGCAGCCUAUUGUAGUGCUAUUAUUUAAUCAAUAAAACAGCGUAUUUGAAUGUGAAAGUAAGUAUCUAAAUGUCAGAGUUCAAGGUAGCGGCCUUUUAUGCUCACAGCUAAAACUAGUCACUAUAUUUCUGAAGCAUAAUGUUCCUAUGGUUAUUAUCUAGGAAUAUUUUCAAGUGCUCCUCUCUCUUUAUGUCUUUUCGCCAGUUUACAUGUUCAACAAGGCCUUUUUAAACUUUCUUACUCAAAUGCUGUUAAAACGCAGAGCUCUCGUUUGUUUGUGUAUCGGGACUAAAAGCCCCAAACACCAACACAGGUGUAUUUAAUUACUCUAGCUAAUUAGACAUGGAGUCAGGUUGAAGUUGGGUGGAGCUGUGCUGGGAGUUACGUGAUGUCACAAACUGAGGGAACUAUCAGGGAACAGCAGUGGAAACACCUGUGAUGGUACUGUGUGCAGUGAGGCGACAACUCCCGAGGAGCAGCGGCAGCUGUGGAGCCUGGGCCAGGCUGCUGCAGAGACAGAGCAGGGGCUGUGUGUACUCCAGCAUCCAUGGCUUAAACCAGGAGGAGAUCAGAGAGAAGCUGCACGCCUUUUCUGGAGGCUCCAUUGAUCUGCUCAAACAGGAGUCUGGCAUCGCUGUGCUGACCAUCAACAACCCCUCCCGCAUGAAUGCCUUCUCCGGCAGUAUGAUGGUGGAUCUGGAGGAGACAGUGAGCCAGCUGGAGAGCUGGACAGACGGUAAAGGCCUGAUUGUUCAGGGUGCAGCUGGAACUUUUUGCUCUGGAUCGGACCUGAACGCUGUCAGGGCGAUAUCUAACCCACAGGAUGGGAUGAAGAUGUGCAUGUUCAUGCAGAAUGCUCUUACAAGACUACUCAGGCUACCUCUGAUGUCUGUUGCUCUGGUGGAGGGGAGAGCGCUGGGAGGAGGUGCAGAGCUCACCACUGCCUGCGAUUUCAGGUUAAUGGCAUCUGGCAGUGUGAUCCAGUUUGUUCAUAAACACAUGGGCCUGGUCCCAGGAUGGGGCGGCGCCGCGCGACUUGUCCGCAUCGUCGGAAGCCAGAAUGCACUGAAGCUGCUUGGCGGUGCUCUGAAGGUGGACCCUGAACUUGGCCUGCAGAUUGGACUGGCAGAUGGAGUCCUGGAGGUCCCCCAGGCAGAGGAGGGUGCAGGGACUCUCCUACAGAGGGCUGAAAACUGGCUCAGUCACUAUAUAAAAGGCCCUGCUCCAGUGAUCCAGGCUGUGAAGAAGGUAGUGUUGUCAGGGAGAGAGCUCCCUUUGUCAGAGGCUCUGAGGACUGAGAAGGAUGUAUUUGGCACGGUGUGGGGCGGUCCGGCUAACCUGCAGGCUCUGGCCAGCAAGUCCAAACACAAAUGAGUGUCUGUGUUCACUUUCCUAAGAGCUUCUCAGAUCAGCCAAGAUGUUCUACUGAGACAUUUUUGGAAAGCCCUGUCCAGGUCAAAAUUGUGUGGAAGAGAACUGCUACAAACUGACUCUUGAUUGACAUCAAUAAACUUACUUAGUUCUUUGGUGUGCUGAAGACAUUUAUAAAUAAUUUUACAUGCAAUACGCUGACUGUUGUGUCUACAGUGUAGACUCUGGGAAUCUAGACAAAUUAUAAAGGGUUUAUUCUUUGUUGGUUAGGACUACAAACUUUAUAAUUUCAAUAAAUAAGCUGCUUCAUUGCCUCUAAUACACUGAUAAUUAGAGAUUGCUCAUUGUCACAUACUUUAAUGGUUGUUUAAGUAAUGGUUGUUGUUUGGUAUCUCUAUGUGACAUGCCUACUUAUCACACGAGUAGGAGCAGAGAUACAAAUGCAUAAACAGUGAUGCAGAUAAUGUGCUAUUUUUGGUCAUAUAUUGCAAACAUAGCUCUGUGGGAAAAGAUGGAAUGAGGGUAGUGUUUUCAGGGAUGAAAACUGAAUCUACACCAUAAAUAAAAAUGUCCCUGUCCCCAUGGGGUUAUAUUUUAGAAAUUGGACUCUGCAGCCUCCUGUUUACAACAAAGCAUUUAUCAGUGGUGGUGCAUUGUCAGCUGACCUGAGAAACUCUUGUCUCAUCAGUACUCUGUAGACUGAUACUGUAUAUUAUUUUGUUUAGAUGUAUCCCCUCAAUUAAAGUAUAUCUGUAAUAAAACAGUGAAUGUGCUGUAUGGUU